CCGUCACCUCCAAAUCACACACCUUCUAUCUUCAAAAAAUGCCCGGCCUAGCUUCCUCAAAGUGGGCUCUCCCGACCAUCGAAGACUUCUUCUCCCUCCACGUCCAAACACUCGAUCUCCCCUCCCUCGACGAAGACAAUUCCUGCUGCCACAUCUGCCAGCGCGACUUCUCCUCGCUUGCCGAAGGAAUCGACCCUGCGACCGCACUGUCGCUGCACUACUUCGACGAAUUGCCCUUCGCGCAGCUGAAGAAAACCGAUGUCGAUGAACCGCUUCGUCUUCCAUGCGGUCAUGCCUUGGGCUCGUCUUGCUUGCAAGAGUGGUUUUCUGCGAGCGGGAGCAACCAGUGUCCGUUCUGCAAGCGGGAGCUUUUCGCGAAGAGCAGCGUCAUCGCAGCGAAUCCAGAUCACGAAUACGGACGGAGAUACCACGAGAUCAAAAACCUUCUACUCCGCGCGCUACUUACGUCCUCGUGGAGCGAAGAAGGGAGCUUGGUCUUUCUACCUGCGGACGUCUCGAGUAUUGUGGCGAGAUUGCCACGCGUUAUCUUCAGGGUGGCUGCGCGGGUGCAGCAACCGCGGAUUGAAGGAACGUUGGUUUUCCCGGGUCACGAGUCGAAGCUUUCUCUGGACGACGGGUCGAAUUUCCAUGGUUUCGUUGAGGGUUACCUUGGGAAUUUUGAGGAUUACGUUAGGGUGCUACCUUGUGCGAAGAUGCUGUUGGGAGAUGAGGCGAAAGCGGUGUUUGCGAGGAUUUGUAACGGGUUUAGGGGAUCAGCGGGGCAGGAGUUGCCGGCGCGGGUGUUGUAUGCUGAGGUUCUUCGGGCUGUGGGAUGUAUGGGGGAUGUGGAAUUGGCGAAGGUGAUGGUGUUGGCGGUGAGGGCGAUGGUGGAUUAUGAGCAGCGGAUGAGCGAUUUGGACUCGCUUUGUGGGGAGUGGUAUUAG